UUGGUUCCCUUCUAGGGUUAGCGGUUCCCACUCUCUUCCGAUGGCAAAUCCUUACCGAUCAAGCGAUGGUCUUAGUGCGAGACAGGGCUCUAAUUCUGAUGAGAUCCAACUGAGGAUUGAUCCUGUCCAUGGGGACCUCGAUGAGGAAAUCUCGGGUCUUCAUUCCCAAGUUAGACGCCUUAAAAGCGUGGCUCAAGAGAUUGAAGCAGAAACGAGAAUUCAGAGUGACAUCCUCUCUGAUUUGCAAUUGGCAAUGAGUCAAGCUGGGGCAGGGGUGAGAAAUGGCAUGCGGAGGUUGAAUAAAACGAUUACCCAGCAGCGUUCAAAUCAUAUCUUGCAAGUGAUUAUUUUUGGACUAGUUUGUUUCAGUGUAGUCUACUUCUGGUCCAAGUUAGUAAGAAGAUGAGGACCUAAUUUACUCCAAAAGAAAGGCUCUGCUACUCGAGAAUAAAAAAUUGUCGAUCUGUGACCAUCAUGUGUGUCCAGGUGCUAUGAAACAGGUUGCAUGGUAAUAGCUGCAGUUGUGAAGCUUACCUAUGUAUGAAAGGUUUUAUAU